AUGCCAAGUCACAAUGAAAGAUGGCCAGAAGAGUUUGGAUUUCAGAUCUUUGGGAAUGGACCCUGUUACAUCAUCUCUGUUCAAGAGGGCAGCAGUGCCCACGUUGCUGGCUUGCAACCAGGAGACCAGAUUCUGGAGAUUGAGGGUCAGGAUGUGUCAUCUAUGAACUAUGACGCAUUAGUGAAUCUAGCAAAACGUUGUAAAACUGUUCCUCCUAGUAUAGGGGUGGUAUCUCGUAUUGAGCAGCUAGAGCUCUUGCCAGCAGCAGAUGGAAGAUUUGGUUUCAAUCUGAAUGGUGACAGCCCUUUGCAAAUUGAAAAUUGUCUCCCUGAUUCUCCUGCAGCUGAGCUUGGGCUCAAGACUGGGGACUAUGUGCUGGAAGUGAAUGGAGUUCCAGUAAAACAAUAUGAUGCUGCUGCUGCCAUGAUAAAGGCUAAUCAUGGAAAGCCAUUAAAGCUGGGAGUUCUGUGCUUUGGAAGGAGACACAAGCAAGUUAGCAGCAGUAUCCGAGAAUAUGUACAGAAUGCUGAUGCAGUACAUCAGGAAAGAAAACAUAAAGCCCUGGAAUUCAGAAAAAAGAUUGACACAGUGCUUGGGGAGCAAUCUGAGGUAAAAGAGAAGCUGUUCACCCUCCUGAAGCAGUAUGCAUCUGAGCGUAAGGUUGAGUAUUUGGCCUAUGCACUCCCUAUGAUUUUGAACACUGAAGAACACAAGCAGCUCAUUGAUGACAUCAGGAUUUUCAUCCCAAAGAAGCACCGUCAGAGGUUCAACGAGGUUGUGUCACAAAGCCUCAUCAGCAAGGUCAGCAGCAGCAAGAGCAGGGCCGACAGCACCAACCGUCUGCGCAGGAGCAGAAGUGAGGACCAUCCAGAGCGGCUGCUUGUGUCUACCCGAGCCAGCUCAGCUCCUCAAAACCAAGAAGAAUCGGGGCAGAAUAUCAGAAAGCAAGGCUCUAUCUUAGGGGGCAGUGUGAGAUCAGCACCCUCUCGCAGAACGAUCCGAGUAUAUAAAGGUCACAAGAGCUUUGGCUUUACGCUGCGUGGCCAUGGCCCAGUAUGGCUUGAGUCUGUUCUUCCAGGAAGUCCAGCUGAGAAGUCUGGAUUGAAGGCAGGGGAUCGAAUUCUGUUUCUCAACGGGUUAGACAUGCGAAACUGUUCCCAUGAGAAGGUGGUGGCCAUGUUACAGGGCAGUGGAGCCAUGCCCACUCUGGUGGUGGAAGAUGGGCCUUUUAAUUUCCCUCUCGAGUCAGACCCUGUGGACAAUCAAUCAUAUGCUUCAUCAUUGACUUCACUGCAAUGGGUGACUGAAAUCCUGCCAUGCAGUAUUAAGUUCCAAGGAAGAACCUUCAGCCAGCAACUGGAGCACCUCCUGACACAGCAGGAACGCUACAGUGUCUGCAAGGCUCUUGAAUGCUUCUUCCAGCACAGGAACAUUGAUACUCUGAUUGUUGACAUCUAUCCUGUGCUAGACACGCCAGCGAAACAGGUAAUCUGGCAGUUCAUCUAUCAGCUGCUGACAUAUGAGGAGCAAGAGCAUUGUCAUCAGAAGAUUGCCAGAUUCCUCGGCUACAAGGCAGCACCAGAGUCUGGAGAAGGAGAGCUGAUAAAUGAAGGUCCACGCCGUAACUCUGUGCGAAGCUCAUCAGUUUAUCAUGGUAGUGUGCGAGCUCGAGUUUCAAAUGACAACACAACAAGAGGCCCAGAGAAUUCACCUGAUGUUCAUACACACCUAACUCCUGCGGAGCGACAAUCAGGAGAUGGCACAUCUCUACCGGAAACGCCUAACUUGAGAAAUAUAUCCCCUGUCUAUGCUGAAAUAGAGGCUCGUGGAGUGACCAGUUACUCUGGGAAGCUGAUGCAGCCAUCCAUAUCCAGAACUUCUCCUGUGGCUGAACAGCUGAGUCAUUCAGAAAACCAAAGGUUAGGGCUGAGACAGACUGAGCCCCAUCCUGUACAGUCCUGUCGCUGUCAACCUCCCAAUGAGCCUUUGCCAACUAAUUCAGAUUCCCACCCAUAUGGCAGCCCCAGCCUCUCAUCACAAAAUGUAGAGAGCAGCCCCCCGAACCGCAAGAAGAAACUCUUCACCUUCUCUCGGCCACCCCGCAGCCGUGAUACAGACCGUUUUCUGGAUGCUUUGAGUGAGCAGCUGGGUCAGAAAAUAACUGCGAUGGAUGAGUUCAUGAACCCCGAGAAUGAUUAUGAAGAAAUGACAUUUCACGAUGAACAGGAAAUCUACGGCACAAAUGACCCAAGCAGUCCCAGUGAAUACGUCAGUAGCAGCGAAGAUGGAAGCUCCUUGACCUAUUCUUCAUGUUCUGAUCCUAUCCCUCCUCCUCCUCAAAGCCCUCCACCCCCUCCACCCACACAAUUCAAUGAUCCAAAGCCCAUCACUUUAGUCUCAGAAUUAAAAAGGGCUAUCCCACCUCCUCCCCCACCCCCACUGCCCCCACCCCCUUCAUACACUUCUGGCCAGUACCAGCCUAAGCCCCUUCCUCCCCCUCCUCCACCACCUCCCUUGCCUGCUUCUUCGGGCCCCCCUCUGCUGCAUCGUGGCUUCCACCGGAGAAGUGAAUCCAGUCAUAUGAGUGUGAAGAGGCUGCGCUGGGAACAGGUGGAGAAUUCAGAGGGAACUAUUUGGGGUCAGUUUGGAGAAGACUCAGAUUAUGACAAGCUGAGUGAUAUGGUGAAGUACUUGGAUCUGGAGCUGCAUUUUGGGACCCAGAAACCAAACAAAGCAAGUUUUGUACCUGAAACAUUUAAGAAGAAAGAUGUAGUGGAAGUAUUGUCCCGGAAAAAGGCCUACAACACAUCAAUUCUCAUUGCCCACCUGAAGCUCUCAGCUCUAGAGCUCCGCCAGAUCCUCAUGACAAUGGAGAAUGAUCGUCUGGAGCCAUCCCACAUAAAACAGUUGUUGCUGUAUGCCCCUGACGAGGAAGAGUUGAAGAACUUCAGUCAGCAUUCAGAUGAUCCUAGUAAACUAAGUGAGCCAGACCAGUUUGCUUUGGAGAUGUUGUCAGUGAAGGAGUACAAGCUCAGACUGAGAAGCUUGCAUUUCAAGAUCACAUUGCAGGAGAAGACAGAGGAGAUUAAGGCUGGGCUGCAGUGUAUCUACAAGGCCUCAGUGGAACUGAAAAGUGGCAAGAAACUUGCAAAAAUUCUGGAGUUUGUUCUUGCAAUGGGAAAUUACCUCAAUAAUGGACAGCCUAAAAGUCCCAAAACCACAGGAUUUAAAAUUAACUUCCUGACAGAGCUUGACACCACAAAGACUGUGGACGGGAAAUCAACAUUUUUACAUAUUCUUGCCAAAUCACUGGGUCAGCACUUUCCCGAGCUGCUGGAUUUUGCCAAGGAGAUUCCAACAGUGGCACUUGCUGCAAAAGUUAACCAGAGAACAAUAACUGCUGAAAUUGGUGACAUUCAUUCAACAAGGAAGGAAAUACAGACAGCUUGUGAGAACAUAACUGUGACUGAAGAAGACAGAUUUGCUGCAGUCAUGACUGCAUUCCUGGGAGAUGCCCAACCCCUUAUUGCUUCCCUCGACUCCCUGCAGAACCGAGCCAUUGAGGAGUUCAAUAAAGUCUCAACAUUUUUUGGAGAAGAUUCAAAGGCAACAACAACAGAAGCUUUUUUUGGGAUAUUUGCAGAAUUUAUCACAAAGUUUGAGAGGGCGUACAAUGAAACACGGGCCUCUGCAAACCUGCAGAACCUGAAGGUGGUUUCCCCGCUUGCCUGGUGACCUGAACAAUGCUUCUGCAGUCCCAGCACAGAUUUUCCAAACAGUGCAAUGUUGUUUUCAUGAAGUAAGAUGAUGGACGGGCCCAGUAAUGGAAUCUCUGUGUGUCAUGACAGCGCUCAAUAAAGGAAUGUCCAUUUGGAAGCUGCAUCACCAAAAUCAACCAGGCAACGGCCCACUAUCAGAGCUUGCUGGAUUCAAUGCACGUCUAAUGCCUGCCACAUGG